AUGACUUCUUCGACAGAUGUAGAUUUUCAAAAGCGCAAUGAAGAAACCGUUAGAUUUAUACAACAAUUGGCUCACACCGAUGGCAAACUAAGAUCACCAAUCGAUUUGAAUAUCAGCUACAUGAAAGCCGUGAAUUUAAAUCCUAUACAGUGGUGCAAAUAUAAUGUCAUACCAAAAAAGUUAAAGCUCGCGAACACUGGAUACACUGUCAUGCUUAGUGCAACAUGGCGUGAAGAAGAACCGUAUUUAUAUGGCGGCCCUUUUGUUGACAGUUAUGUGUUCUCGCAGCUUCAUUUUCACUGGGGUAAAACUGACAUGGACGGUAGCGAACACUACGUCGACGGUGGAAGCAUGCCAAUGGAACUGCACGCUGUACAUUACAACAGUCAUUACGGAUCUCAAAUAGGGGCUCUUCGCCAAUAUGAUGGUGUCACUAUACUGGUGUAUUUAUUUCAGCUGCAGGCAACCCCUAAUCCGCUUUUGGAUGAUAUCGUAAAUGCUUUACCCUUUAUCCAAGCAGCUCAUUCUUCUAUCCGUUUAAUACCAUUUCCUAUAACAAAUAUUUUACGAUGCUUUCAACGUGAUUACUUCGUUUAUUGGGGUUCCAUUACUAUGACAAAUAUCAGAAAUAGCAUACUAUGGUUAAUAAGUAGAGAACCAUUAGGAAUAUCUAUCGAACAAAUUGCGGAGUUUCGCACACUAUGCGACGAACGUAAAAUGCCGAUUUUGACAAAUCGUCAAUCACUGCAGGACACACUUAAUAGAAACGUUUUUCACGUAUGUCCUAGUGGAUCCAGAUACGCAACGCUUCUGCCAAUUUCACGUAAUGACAAAAAAUAUAUUCAUAAAGAUGAUGUCAAUGAUAAGAAAUAA